AAAUAUAAAAUAAAGGUGAAAGAAGAAGAAGAAGAAGAAAUUAAAGAAAGAAAUGGCAAAAGACCAAUUAGAAGUGUUAACUGCACUUGAUGUAGCUAAAACACAAUGGUACCAUUUCACAGCAAUCGUAAUUGCUGGAAUGGGAUUCUUCACUGAUGCAUAUGAUUUAUUUUGUAUAUCUCUCGUCACAAAAUUACUUGGACGUAUAUAUUAUCAUGUUGAUAAUUCACCAAAGCCAGGGUCUUUGCCUCCAAAUGUUGCUGCUGCUGUUAAUGGUGUAGCAUUUUGUGGAACAUUAGCAGGCCAACUCUUCUUUGGUUGGUUGGGUGACAAAAUGGGAAGAAAAAGAGUCUAUGGCAUGACUUUAAUGCUUAUGGUUGUAUGUUCUAUAGGCUCAGGCCUUUCCUUUGGCCACAAUUCACAAUCUGUCAUGACUACUCUUUGCUUCUUUCGCUUUUGGCUUGGGUUCGGUAUCGGUGGCGAUUACCCUCUUUCCGCGACGAUCAUGUCAGAAUACUCGAAUAAGAAGACUCGUGGUGCAUUCAUUGCUGCGGUGUUUGCUAUGCAGGGGUUUGGAAUUUUGGGUGGAGGUAUAUUUGCCAUUAUCAUCUCUUUGGCAUUUGAAGCCAAGUUUAAUGCUCCACCCUAUGCAGUUGACCCGAUUAAAUCAACUGUGCCACAAGCAGAUUACAUUUGGAGGAUAGUUCUAAUGGUUGGAGCUAUUCCUGCUGCUCUUACUUAUUAUUGGAGGAUGAAAAUGCCUGAAACGGCACGAUACACGGCUCUUGUAGCGAAAGAUACAACUCAACGAUCGGUUUUACACAUAUCGAAGCAGGGAUAA